AUGGCCGAAGUCACAAUUUUGGAUGCCUUGCAAGCCUUCCACCGCGAAUUGGUGGCUUUGAGUGCUGGAUUUGGAGAUGCUACCGAGAGCCUGAAUAACGAAACGCUUGUGCAGACAUUUGAAAAGGAAUUAGACAAGCUGUGGGAGUGCCCUGCGAAGAACGACAAGAGCCGGAACGUGUUGAAAAGUGGGAAACUUUCGGUUGAAGAACAAGAGUUUACCAUCAAUGAGAAAUUUCAACAAGACGCGCUACUCCUGUCAGAUGAACUCGACCUCGACGAAAUCGAAGCUGCGAAAUGCCUCCUGGAAUCACAAGAAGACCCGUCCAUUUUGGGACGAUCACUGUUAGAAUGCGCCAUCAUCCGAUUUCACCAGCAGCGAAAAUAUACAUUAGACGCGUUACGGCUACUUUUGGAACUAGACAGCGUUGAUGACGACCCCGACGAAGCAGGCGCACUCGAAACUAUCAAAAUGUUUGUUGCAGCGAGACUUUUUCAGUCUCGACCAGGAGGCACAAAACGAUACGUGCCACGUUGUAUGGCGGCAAUGGCAAAAAUCAAGGUUUGGCUGCAAAAGCUCGCGGACAAGAUUUCCGCAGCGCAAGCGCUCAGCCAAGCUAGGCCGGAUCAGCUCUCUGAAGAGAUGGAAACUAUCGAGUUCUCUCGAGUUAGUUUGAUACAACAGCACGAGCUCUUGGGAGUUAUACUAUGCCGCUGCGUUGAGAAGAGGCAAGCAGAUGUAUCAGAUUUCACCGAUUUUGUCUCAACAUUGAAGAAAGUGGACAAGUAUGAUAAUCUUCUAGCACAUCUGGUUCCUGCAAUGGGCGCCUACAUAUCAGUGUUUGGAUCUACCGAAGGAGGAUACGAUUUGAUCAAAGUCCGAGAGAUACAUAGCAAACUCUUUCCGGCUGCCGACGAUUCCACCUGGCCUUUGCCUCACUUUCAUGCAGCUUUUAGAGCCUGGUGGCUGGCAGAAUACAGCGGCUUUUACAUCGAUGAUCCUCCCGAGGCAGCUAUCCCUCCCGGAACUGACCUAGAUGAAGAAGAUCGCCAACGAUCGAAACAAUUUCUCGACGCCCUAAAAGAUGGAGCAUUUGACUUCUUGCUCUCAGUUGCUGGUGAUGUGAAGCCGGCAGAUUGGCACGACUCAGUGCGGGUGGGCAUGCGAAAUUGGCUCACAAGAAAGUCGUCGGCUCUCGUAGCUGAUUCAGUACAAUUCGCAGGAUUCUUCCAAUUAUGCCUCAUGUCGCAGAUCGAGGUAUUCGUGGAUGCAUUCAUAUCCAACCUCCCCGACGUUCUGAGGAAGCUCAGAGUAGAGGAGGACGAGCAAAGACAGCUCAGUCAAGCUCACGAGCAAGACCUGGAUUUGGAACGGUUCCUUCUCAUCAUUGCAUACUCUUACGAAGGUCGUUCAGAGGCGGCAUCCAAUUUCUGGUCAGAUCCAGACAGUAACUUGGCGGGUUUCAUGCAUUGGGCGUCUAGACGAGCUUCGACUCCCCUAGUCACAGCUUUCUGCGAAAUGCUUCAAGCCAUAUCUGGAAACGACGAUUGCGCCACAGCCGCACACGAGUUCCUUCUGGAUGAUGGACACCAAUCAUCCGGGAAAAUGAGGAGGUCUCAAUCAUUGACCUGGACGCAAAUCUUCCGAGAGCUAGACUUCUUCUCUGACAAGAUCAGACAGAAGCCUACGACAACACAGACAUCGCGGUAUCGUAGUGGUAAACCUGCUAACGAGCAUGUCGAGACCGAGCCGGAAUCCGCCAUGAUGCUCGAAUGCUACUUACGCCUAAUGACGAAGCUGGCUACUGAGAGCGAGACAACCAGACUAUUUCUACUGCAAAACGCAAAUUAUAAUCUGGUGGAUAUGCUUUAUGAAUUAGCCAGCAGCCCGAUCCCCCCCAGACUUCGGGGUUGCGUCUUCAUGGCACUCAAGGCAUUGAUGUCAAGAAAGACGGCUCAAGAGGGCCAUACGAUGUGGACUUGCUUGGAAAAUUGGAUCACGGGUGGUUAUGCGGGAACAGGUGCCGGACCUUUGAGACAAGCCCAACCUGCACCACUUAUCUCAAUGGAUCGAAUUCUGGAUGAGAUGAGCAGUGGAUUUGAGGAUCCCGAAUCAUUCAUCCAACUGCUUCUGUCGCUUGUUUCUCCAGCAAUAGAUAGUAGUUCGUUGAACGACUCUCUACCGUUCCCAGAGACCUUGGGAUCAAAUUCACGAAAUCCCGGCGUGGAGGUCUAUGUUGACUUCGUGAUGGGGCUGGUUUUUGCAAAUAAAGCACAAGAAUUGCAGGACAAGCACCAGCUACGGGUGCUGCGGUUAAGCUGCCUGGAUUUCAUGCUGACAUGCUUGUCAACAUUCAAUGAGGAUCUGAUUGUGAUUGCAAACGAGACCACAAUCAUGAUUGACUCUGUGAUUGCAGCUACGGAUCUCGCGACAUAUGUUCGGAAACAUCCGUUCGCUAGGGUCAUGGAAUGGAUGUUUAAUGACAAGGUAAUGACGGCGCUAUUCAACACAAUUCACCAAGAGCCCGCCGAUGUGGGAAAUGCCGCGCCAGAUUCACCUUUGAUCCUCGGCAUACUGAGAGCUGUCGAGGUCAUUUCCAAAGUCCUUGAUCUGGAGGCCACUUACUUGGAUUUGGUACGACCACUUAUUAAAACGCAAACUGGAACUAGACGACAUCCUGUUGCCAAUGCCGCCUAUGCUUCGUUCCAGGAUGGGCUAGUUACGAGACUCAACCUUGUCGUGGACCUCGGCAAUUAUUGCGGUAUUGGACAUCCAGAUCUUACCUUAGCAUGCCUUAAACUCCUUGAGAAAAUGGCCUCAUCAUCGAAGAUUGCGGCUACCUGGUCAGGAUCUGGUCGUCAGUCGCACCGGAACAAAGCAAUCGUGGCCAUGGAAGCAAACGGUGAACAUGAAUCGAUAUCACGGUCUUUCACCUCGGAGCUCAUGGCUCCAUUGGAGGCUGGCCGUGAGGCAGAGUCGCCAAAUUACAUUACCAAGAUUUACAUUCUGGAUUUCCUACUCCAGUGCCUUUCUACAACACCUAAAGAACCAACCAUUGCUCACUUGCUGCUCGGUUUCAAGUGCGGCGUGGACUCGGUCACCAUUGAAAAUAAUAGUGCGUUUGCAAACCAAACCUCCUUGUUUCACACGCUGCUUCGACUUUUGAUGGAAAUCCCCUCUGGAGACGCCGAGGGCAUGAGGCAAUGGUUGAUCGCGAUCAAGUCAAGGGUGCUGCGUAUUUUCCAUAUUCUUUGGAGCUCGCCCCUCUCGGCAUCUCUAGUGAUUGAGGACUUGAGGGAAAACGAGUUUCUUUUCCACCUUCUCAUUCGCGAAACUGUCAUUCAACCCGAUCUUCCUUGGGAAGGGCAGAACGUUGCAUCAAUACACUUCCCCGUAACGGAUGGGGCCUCGACUCUCGUGGACUUUCUAACAUUAAGGAGCUUGACUUUGGAAUAUAUGGCCAUGGAGCUGUGUAUGAUUUCUCAGGGGCGUAUACCCAGCACGAAGAGACGGAUUUUCGAGGCCCUCAAUGGCCAGGUCAUCGGAGACGGCAACCAGCCUAUCCCUACACCAACCGUGUUUGACCUGUUCGACUUUCUUAUCCCCGAGGGCAUUUGGGACAUCCCGCCACCUCCAAUCCAGUUUUACAAAGAACUGGACGUUUCCAUUUGCGUGGAGAACGACGCAGAUGGAAAUUCCAUUCACAAUAUAGAGCGUGUCAGGGAGAUACUUAUUUUGAAGCGGGGGGAAUCUCAGACCCAAGGAACUGUGAUAUCUGUGCAGGAUCUCGCCGUCAUUGAAAGGGAAGAGGCUAUGAUCACGGAAUACCUUGUUUCGAACAACCGGCAAAAACAAAUUGCGACCCAGUGUUUGAAGGUGCUAAAGUCAUGGACAAGGCUGUUGCUUGUCAUGGUUCAGUGCAACGACUUCAAGGGCACUGCUCAGACAUCCUUUUUCCUCCAAGCCUUGCAAGCUGUGCUGCCAAGUCUGGAGGCAUUCGCGUCUGAUCGACCCAACGAGGCUCUCGAGUUAGCCAAAUUGGCUCGGGUAUUGCUCUUUAAGCUCGACCUGGGUAGCCAGGACUUAUCAGACAAACACAGCCAAUCGAUUGGAAACUUGGUCAGCGACAAACUCUACCAGCUAUUCCAAAUCUGUCUGCAGGCCAUUGGCAAGUGGGCUGGUACGCCCGAACUUCGAUCAGUCUAUUACGAAAUCUGUUACCGAUACCUCACGGGCAUGUCUGAACAAGGUGCCCUGAGCCCGACCCGUCCCAAGACAACCAAGACAAUCCAAGUUUACGGCGAGAGGUUGAUCAAUGUGAUCUGUGAUGAUGCCUAUUGUGGCGAGCCCACAUGCCAAGCUUCAGCGCUCGUUCUUCUGAACUCCCUCGUGAAUGUUGGCAGACAAGAAAGCGACAGCCAUGUCGUUGAAACCCUCAACAAGCUCAACUUUAUUGGCAUCCUAGUUGAUUCUCUUCGCAACAUUAUGCAAGAAUGGCACGAAGCCUACGCAUCUGGCCACACCGACCAGCAAAACUACCAAAACGCCCGUCUCGCACUCCUCCUCCAAAUGGCGCAAUCCCGCCACGGCGCCAAAUACAUCCUCUACGCCAACCUCUUCCGCGCCAUCGACACAAGCGGCCUCUUUACCGCCGAUCCAGAGCUACAAAGCGACGCACAAAACCCGCGUGCCCUGGAACACCACUACGACCUCCUAGCCAAGGUCGUUCGUAUCAUUGGCGCCGCCCUUCUCAGCAGGGGCAGCCACAAUAUUGUGCAGGGCCGUAAAUUUCUCACUGAUCACAGAAUGUUGGUCACGCAUACUCUGAAGAGGAGUGCGGGUAUUGGAGGUGGUGUGAGCAACGAGGCGCUGGAUGAGAAGGUUGGCGAUCUUGCUGAUGCGCUUGUGGUUGUUAUUGCUGCAACUGGGUUCCUGGAGUAUGAGAAUGAAGCGGUCGUUGAGACUAUGAAGCCGAAUCAAGCAUUGUUCCAUUGA